AUGGAUAUAUCCCUGGCAUUGUUUUUCUUCUCAGCUGUCACCUGCUACCUCCUAUGGUUCACCUUCAUCUCCAAAUCCCUCAAAGGCCCGCGCGUUUGGCCCGUUCUCGGCAGCCUCCCGGGCCUCAUCGAGAACGCUGACCGAAUGCACGAAUGGAUCUCCGACAACCUCCGAGCCUGCGGCGGGACCUACCAAACCUGCAUCUGUGCCGUCCCAUUCCUUGCCCGUAAGCAAGGCCUCGUGACCGUCACCUGUGACCCAAAAAACCUCGAGCAUAUCCUCAAAACCCGGUUCGACAACUACCCUAAAGGCCCCACCUGGCAGGCCGUCUUCCACGAUCUCCUCGGCCAGGGCAUCUUCAACUCCGACGGCGACACCUGGCUCUUCCAGCGAAAAACGGCCGCCCUCGAGUUCACGACCCGAACCCUCCGCCAAGCCAUGGCCCGAUGGGUCAACCGCUCCAUCCACGACCGUCUCUGCCCAAUCCUCGACUCGGCCCGUCUCCAGGCCCGGCCCGUCGACCUCCAAGACCUCCUCCUCCGACUCACGUUCGACAAUAUAUGCGGUCUGGCCUUUGGUCGGGACCCACAAACCCUAGCUCCGGGCCUGCCGGAGAAUACUUUUGCCUCGGCCUUCGACCGAGCCACCGAGGCUUCUCUACAGAGAUUCAUCCUUCCCGAAAUCAUAUGGAAGCUGAAGAAAUGGCUCCGGCUUGGAAUGGAGGUUUCUUUGAGCCGCAGCCUUGUCCAGGUCGAUGACUACUUGUCUGACGUCAUCAACGCUCGGAAACUCGAGCUGGCGAACAACGGCUCGAAUUCGAAUACGAACACGCACGACGAUUUAUUGUCGAGGUUCAUGAAGAAGAAGGAAUCGAAUUACUCGGAUAAAUUCUUGCAGCACGUGGCGCUUAACUUUAUUCUCGCAGGUCGGGACACCUCGUCGGUUGCUCUCAGCUGGUUCUUCUGGCUCGUGAUCCAAAACCCGCGAGUCGAGAAUGAAAUCCUUAAAGAGAUUUGCUCGGUACUCGUCGAGACGCGCGGGGACCCUGCCCACCACGAUGAUGUGUUAUUGUGGGCCCGCGAGCCGCUCGGGUUCGAGGAGGUCGACCGUCUCGUCUACUUGAAAGCCUCGCUUUCCGAGACGCUUAGGUUGUACCCAUCGGUACCGGAGGACUCGAAGCAUGUUGUGGCCGACGAUGUUUUGCCGGAUGGGACUUUUGUGCCGGCGGGUUCGGCGAUAACGUACUCGAUUUACUCGGCGGGUCGGAUGAGGUCGGCGUGGGGGGAGGAUUGCAUGGAGUUUAGGCCAGAGAGGUGGCUUUCGCCGGACGGGAAGAGGUUUGUGGGCCACGACUCGUAUAGGUUUGUGGCGUUUAAUGCGGGCCCGCGGGUUUGUCUCGGGAGGGAUUUGGCGUACCUGCAGAUGAAGUCGGUGGCGGCGGCGGUUUUGCUCCGGCACCGGCUGGCGGUGGCGGAGGGGCAUAGGGUGGAGCAGAAGAUGUCGCUGACGCUGUUUAUGAAGGAGGGGUUGUGGGUGGAGGUCUAUGAGAGGGAUUUGAAGGGGGUGGUGGAGAGUGUUAAGAUGAGUCACAAGUGUAAUGAGUAA